AUGCAUUUCACAUCACUUGUCGCCCUCCUCCCUGCCCUUGCCCUGGCACAGGAACAGGUGCCCCUCGCCGACCGUGUGCAGGGAUGGUUCAACAAGGCCAAGUCCCUCGUCCCGACCGCUGUCCCGGUUGACCCCAUCGUGAAGCUGUCUGAGAAGGUCACCGAGAAGAGCGUCACUCCCUUGACUCUGAGCAACUGGGAGUCUAUCCUGACUCCCGGCCUCGAGCCUGAGGACUGGCUUAUCUUCGUGACUGGCGGAAACAAGACCUGCUUCGGUCGUUGCGAGCACGCCACCAAGGCAUUCAACGAAUCCACCCUUCUCUUCGCUGCUGACCCUACCUCUCCUAACCUCGGUUACAUGGACUGUGAGGAGAACCGCGUUCUCUGCUCUAUCUGGUCUGCCGGCGCUCCUAGCAUCUACUACUUCGAGAAGCCCGUGACCCAGUCCGAGGGUCGCGCCCCUACUCCCUUGCACAUCAUCUACCUGAACGCCACCACCAUUACUCCCAAGGAGAUCUACGAGAUCCACUCCAAGAAGACUUUCCAGGAGACCGAGCCUUAUGAGGGCGCUAUGCACCCUACCGACAGCUGGCUCGCCCAGAACAAGCUGAACACCCCCAUCGGUUACGCUCUCUACGCCAUCGGUGCUGUCCCCAGCUGGAUGUUCAUGAUCGGUAUCAGUUUCUUCAGCCGUACCUUCAUGGGCCGUCGCAUGGGCAACGUUGGUGCGCAGCAGCGUCCUGCUGCCGCUCCCGCUGGAAGCGCUAACUAG